AUGCCGUAUCCAUUCGUCCUCCCAACUACAUCUGCCUUUUCCUACUCAUCUAGUUUCAGCUGUGAAACUCAUCCAUCGCUGCCUCUCAAUGCCAGCACCUAUCGAGGAAUCGUGAGGGACACGUUGAAGAAGCACAAGAGGCUGCCCCCUUCAUCGCAAUCUCCAAACUUAUCACUGGUGGUCUCAGCUCUCAACGGCUAUCUCCCUUACCUCUUCGCCGUCGAUGCUGGACUUGGCCGAAAGGCAGCUCACGGGGAUGAGGUCAAUGUGAUCCUCAAGACUGCACCGGUAAUUGAGUGGCGGCCUACACUGUCUGAUGCCACGGUUCCGGGAAAGGAAAGCUCUCGGGUGAAGAUCCAGUCCCUCGAAUAUGAAGUCUUGUUUGCACUCUCGACGCUCGCCAACGCGUAUAGCCUCCAGGCAAGGGCGGUUCUACAUCCCCUAUAUGUGACAUCUAGUGCACCCGUGGGCACGCAACAGCGGCAGAGCGCCAUCACCGCCGCAACCAAGUACCUUCUUGAUGCUGCUGCGAUAUAUGACUACCUUGCAACCCGCGCCGAGAGCAUUGUCACAAGCCCACCAUCUGCGGACAUUGCUCCUACCACUCUCAGGGCCCAAUCUUCACUGGCUUUGGCCGAGGCUACUCUCCUGGCAGUGCUGAAAGAUGACCCAUAUCCGGCAGUCGUCGCCCAAGACCGGAAUAAGAACGACACGGAAUGGAUGUACAAAGCUCCGGAGAUACCAAAGGUCCGCGCCCACCUGUUUGCCCGACUCUGCCUUGCUGCCAGCGAGCAUGCGACCAAGGCAUACUCACUUUCGCAAGGGUCUGGAAGGGGCGGGAAACUCAACGACGGGUUUGUUCGCUAUCUCGAAGAUCUUCGCCGGACGAGCCGAGCGAAGGCCUGCAGGUUCUUUGGGAUUGACGCAGACCUUGGUGGGCAAACUGGCAGUGCGAUAGGCUGGCUCCAUGCUGCCUUGCAGGAGCUUGGUGUGGACCAGAAGGACGUGAAGAAGGGUCUCGGCCUUGGGCGACUCAAAAAGGAAUGGUCCGAGAAAAGGGAAGAUAGGAAGGUCGAGAAGGGCUCCAACUGGGGCUCUGAUGCAGGGAAGUGGGAGGAAACCCGGGUCGUUGAGUUGCUGGAGGCCAAAUGGGCAAAGCAGAACGAUACGAUGUUCACCCAAGAUAUUCCUGCCGCUGGCUCACUGCUUGCCCAGAUGCCGUCUGGGCGCGAAAUCCACAGCAUCAAGCCAUUCCAACCGCCAGUGCUCGAUGUCUCAUCUCUAGACGCUAUGCGGGCGCCCCCGGAUAGGUCUGAUGACCUAGGAGACGACCAGAGCUCUGGGGAUGAAGGAACGCUGGUCGACUCUAAUCCAGUAGGGGCAUUCCCAGGAACCCACGGAGAAUACAGAACUGCCACUCCGAACUAUUACUGA